GUGUUAAAGCCACAGUAUUGUGGUUAAAGCACUUGCAGGCACUUGUAACAUAAUAAACAUAUACAAUCUUAUCUUGCCAUCAACUCGUCGUGCCCUUGCCACGGAAAUUCGCAGUAGGAAAAAUUAAAGAGAAGAUUUAAGUUGGGCGGAAUCUUUGACGUGUAGCACGACAAUUUACACGUCGAAUGAAUCUGGAUUCUGGGUUAUCUCUUUUUGUUCCUUAAAAAAAUGACGCAGACCUUAGACGACGCGCGACUCGCUGCUCGUAGAGCAGUGCAAUUUGAUAGUGACGGUCGACACGAGCAAGCCCUGUAUUAUUAUGACAUCGCCGUUAAACUUCUUGCCAGUUUGCAAUCAGAUGGCAUGUACGAAGAUAAGCUUGCGGAGUAUCGUGAGAGAAUUUCAUCGAUACAACGUCUUAUUCGCGAGGAGGAACAAAAUAGUCACAAGUCAGAACCUUUGCACCAAUCCGAGCUACAGAGAUGUAAAUUUCUCAUGAAUCAAGCGUUAGACGCGGAUGAGGCGGGUUUGAAGGACAUUGCUGUAAAGUUGUAUACUGAUGCUGCUGAACUUGGCCUUAGUGCGAAACCUGCUGACGCAGAAGUAAAAGCAAAGAUAACAAAUCUUGUCAGGGUUGCCGUCGAACGGGCGGAGUCUUUGAAGGGAAUCAAAAGUACUGAGGAUAAUGGUGUAAUGCAGAGUCUUGCUAAACUACCAUCUGUACCAGAAAGCAGUUUCCCAGAUACUGAACAGCCAAUACAAUCCGAACAGCCAGUAAAUGCAGCGUCAACCGCUCCAGCAAGAGAUAUCAGAUCCUCACUUCAUCGGGGAAGCAGUGGACAUCUCAAAGUAACUGGUGGCAGCUCCAAUUACACUGAAGAAGAAAAGAGAGUGCUGCUCUAUGGCUCUCAUAUAAAUGACAACGAAUUUGUACCAUUUAUGCGUAUCGAUCUUGCUGAAAAAUUCCAGUAUGCCUUUCCGUUUACUGAUAAAGAUGGAUUAUUAGAGCUAGCACCAAAGCAAAAGCCUGAUUUCGCUGGCUGGCGUCGGCCAGAAGAAUUGUAUUCUGAUCCUAAGAUGGUUAUUGGCCAUCAUGUCGAUUACUACAGCAUAAAACAAACUGUAGUUUCUGAUUGUUCAUUUGUUGCUUCCCUGGCUGUGAGUGCUCAAUAUGAGAAAAGAUUUGGACGAAGGCUCAUAACAUCCAUUAUUUAUCCCAAAAAUAAACACAAGGAACCCAUAUAUAAUCCAUUUGGAAAAUACAUGGUGAAACUACACAUCAAUGGCAUUCCACGUAAAGUAAUAAUAGAUGACCUUCUGCCUGUAAGCCGAUACAACCAAUUACUCUGUUCCUACUCUAGCAAUCGUGGCGAGCUAUGGAUUUCUUUACUCGAGAAGGCUUAUAUGAAAGUGAUGGGUGGUUACGAUUUUCCUGGAUCAAAUAGUAAUAUAGAUUUACACGCCUUAACUGGUUGGAUACCUGAGAGAUGGGCGAUAAGACCAAACGAACCAGAUUUUAACAAGGAUAAUUUAUUCGAUGUAUUACUAUUACGACUUCAUAAGGGAGACGUGCUAGUCACCGUAGCCACAGGGGAAUUAUCGGAUUUGGACGCGGAUCGUACUGGCCUUGUACCAAGUCACGCGUACGCUGUUCUCGAUGUGAGAAAGGUUAACGGCGAAAGAUUAUUACAAUUGAAAAAUCCAUGGUCUCACCUGCGAUGGAGAGGCAAUUAUUCUGAGCUUGACGUAAAACAUUGGACUCAGGAUUUGAAGGAAACAUUGAAUUAUGAUCCCGAAUCAGCUUCGGGAUUCGAUAACGGUGUUUUUUGGAUUGAUUAUGAUAGUAUAUGUCGGUUCUUUGAUGUAUUUUAUUUAAACUGGAAUCCAGGAUUAUUUAAUUAUACUUACUGCAUACAUCAAAUGUGGAAAGCUGGUAUUGGACCUGUGAAAGAUGCGUACAAUAUUGGUGACAAUCCACAAUUCUCGUUGGAAGUCCAGAGUAAAGGGUCUGGUGCUAUCUGGAUACUUCUUACGAGGCACAUCACAGACAUAGCAGAUUUUCGACAAAAUCAAGAAUAUAUUACAGUUUUAAUUUAUCGUAACGAUGGAAAGAGAGUAUAUUAUCCACAUGAUCCACCCCCGUACAUCGAUGGCGUGAGAAUAAAUAGCCCGCAUUAUUUGUGUAAAAUCAAACUCGGAGAUGAAAGUGAUACAAAAUAUACUUUAGUCAUAUCUCAGUAUGAGAAAACAAAUACUAUCUAUUAUACACUCCGUGCAUACGCAACAUGUCCAUUCAUAUUGCGAAAAAUACCUCAAUUUUAUAAAUACGAAAAAGAGGUCACAGGUCAAUGGAAGAACAUUACAGCAGGAGGAUGUGGCAAUCAUCCCACUUAUGUGAAUAAUCCACGAUAUCAAAUAGUGAUCGAGAGCGCUAACAACAAUAAUUAUUUAUUAAUUAUUUUGAAAGGACCCAAACAGUAUCAAAUUGGCUUCGACAUUAACACCGUUGUACUAAAUGAUGCAAAUGCAGUAACUGCUUUUAAAACAAAAAGUUCCGGACCAUUUAGAUCUGGAUUUGUAUAUCUGGAAUUGGAAGAUGUACCCGCAGGAACAUACCAUAUUAUUCCUUCCACAUAUGUACCCGGUCAAGAGGGGCCAUUCUUUUUAAUUUGUAAAUCUUCUUGUAAUUUGCAACUGCAACUUCUUUAACAAACUAAAUAUACAAAUUGUUGAAUUGUAA